AUCCCUUCACCUUCAGACUUUGAUGAUCUUAUAUGGCUUUCACUUCUCCCGAUGACCCAUUUUACGAACUCAUGCGUCCGCCUCCCGACGAGACCCCAGCCCAGAUGACAGCACGAAUAAAACGGGAGGCGGACGCACAACGAAUCAGCGACAAUAUCGACGAGGACAUCAAACGCGAUAGGAACGCACAGCGCAAGGCGCGCAAGGAGCUGAGGAUCCUCCUACUGGGCCAAGGCGAGAGUGGCAAGUCCACGACGCUCAAGAACUUUCGCAUGCAGUACGCUAGGGAAGACUGGGAGAGCGAGCGGGCAGGCUGGCGGGCCGUCGUCCAGCUGAACAUCAUCCGGUCCAUCGUGCACAUUCUCGACCUCAUAGAAUCAGAAACGAGCGGCGGUGCCGCCUCCGGGGCCCAGGCCGUGGACGACGACGACGACAGCGAGUCGCGCCGGUCCUCGUACUCCGUGGCAGAGUCCUUCACAGACAAGCACCGGCUGCUGAUGAUCCGGCUCGCACCCCUCCGCGGGGUCGAAGCCGACCUCAAGCGCCGGCUGGGUGCCGGGGCAGACCUUGCGCCGUCCAUGUCGCCGAUGUACGCCACGCCCUUCGACGAGCCGGGCCCGCUGCCGUCGCCCAAGCGGCGCUUCGAGUUCUCCGUGCGCAGCUGGACGGACGCUAUCCAGGACGGCACGGCGGACGUCGAGUCGUGCACGAUUGCGAUGAUGUCGUGUAACGAGGAUAUGCAGACGCUGUGGGGCGACUCGGCGGUUCAGGCACUGCUGGAGCGGCGCAAGGUCCGGCUGGCGGACGGUGCCGGGUUCUUCUUGAAUGAUCUCGAGAGGAUUGUGACGAGGUCGUAUAUGGCUACUGAUGAUGAUAUCGUGCGCGCACGGCUUAGGACAGUUGGCAUACAGGAGUAUCUGCUCAGAAUUGGAGAUGGGUUCUCGCUCCGCGGCGAUAACGCAUGGACAUGGAAACUGUAUGACGUCGGGGGAUGCCGGACCAUGCGUGCAGCCUGGCUGCCAUUCUUCGAGAACACGGAUGUGAUCAUCUUCCUUUGUCCCGUGUCCUGUUUCGACGAACGACUCGACGAGGAUUCACGUGUGAAUCGCCUCGAGGACUCGACGCUGCUGUGGCGCGCCAUCUGCACAUCGAAGCUGCUCGGGAAGACGCAGCUGAUUCUGUUUCUGAACAAAUGCGAUCUGCUGAAACGCAAGCUGAAACGCGGGAUCAAAGUCAAGACAUAUUUACCGAGCUACGGAGAUCGCCCAAAUGAGGUCAUGCCCGUGGUGAAAUACCUGCGCGAGAAGUACAAGGAGAUCCAGAAGCAGCAUUCUCCGGAACCACGGGUAUCCUACAUCUACACCACGACCGUCACUGACACGACCGCCACGGCCAAGACGCUUCACUCGAGUACGUACAAUACGCUUCCCGUCAUGCCUGCGGGCGGCCCCAUGGGUGACUCAUCCGCUCCUCCAGUCCGAGACCGGGUCUUACGUGAAAAUCUGGUGACGUCUAAUCUUGUAUAG